GUGCAUGUGGAGCGUGCGUGGGUGAUUCCUGUUGCGUGUCGUUCGUUUGCUUGUGCGUGAAAGACACUGGACCAGGCUUUCGGGCCACUUACGACAUUCGGUGUAACCGCUCUCCCGCAUGCGCCGCGCUAGGGACAGGCGUCUAUAACCGACCGACCUGGGAAGAAUUCCAGCACAGAUCUCUCUCGGGGCGGCCUCAUCACACAUUGUGCUCCAGCCUGAGACUCACAGGCCAGCAGGUAAGAGCUGGGAUAGUGUGUUGAAACUGCCUCCCGUUACGAGAGUGGUCCGUUGUGUGUGUCAGGAUGGGCAAUAAGACUUCAAGCGACAGCAAGUCAGCUGACGAGGGCAAGGGGAAGGACAAGAAGGGAGCAUCUGCAUCAUCAUCCCUUGAGGUCGGAAAGAGCACGAAGACGGAGGGACAUGGGGCGUCGAUGAAUUCCCCGUAGCAAAGGCACCAUUGCAUGCCCACCGACAGAGUGUCGGUGUCGUCACAUUGCCUCUCCCUCCUCUGUCGCGCCUGUGUUUGUGCAUCAGGUGGCUUCCACUAUAGGUGCUGCGUCUACGCGGGCGCCGACCGGCACAUGUGCGGGCAGCGGCGACGACAAUAUGACACACGUGGUGGGAAGAGCACCCCAAAGGCAAACGCAGUAGCUGCACCAAUGGAUGAGUGGGCCUUUCUGUGCUUCACUGCGGCAGGCUGGUGCAACUGAGAUGUCCGGAUCGGUCAGCGAGAUGAUGCCCCUCAACGGUAUGUCUACACACAUGCACACACAACACGCGCCCACCAAUGAUGGUGUUGCUUGCCGCUGCAGACCGCCGUGAGCGGAACCGCCAGGGUCGCCAGGACAGGGGUGGCCGAGUGGGUGGCGACCCGUCGGACGAUGAGGGCGGCUCGAGUGACGACGACAGCAACGAUGACGAGAGCAGCAGCGGCGAUUACGAUGAUGAGAAUGACGAGGACUACGAUCCACCCGACGGUCAGCCACGCACACACACAGAUGGACACAGACAGUGAGAGAGCGUCGAUCACAUCUCUGGUGCAACCCCCUGCUGCAGAGGAUGACGAUGACGAUGAUUAUGAGAGUUCGGGUACGCACACACGAAUGCACCCACGUGCCUGCCGCCAUGCCCCCGUGUCUGCUGUUUGUCAGGGAGUGGCGGCGACCACCUCAGCGAUUCGACCUAUAAGCAGCCCAAGGCGACCGGCAAGGCGGCAGUACGGGCGGCAGUACGGGCAACCCCCGUCCAUCAAUCGACCGUCCAGGGCGUGUUCUUCGACGAACAGCGCCGCUUCUGGACCGCCCAGGUCAGGGUGAACGGCAAAUGGAAAUCAAGGUCUUUCGGCGUGCGCAAGUAUGGGGGCCGCGACGAGGCCAGGAGGGCGGCAGAGGAGUGUCGGCUGCAGAACGAACAAGACAACGAGAAGGCCGGCCGCCCCAUCAAGAGCUACAAGAAGAGCGAGAUCACCGGCGUGUACCGCGAUGACGAGAGAGGCCGUUGGGUUGCGUCGUGGUACGAGAGCAGCAAGCAGAAGCUGGAGUAUUUCUCGGUGGCCAAGCUCGGCGAGGAGGGCGCCAAGCAGGCGGCCAUUAGGCGGCGGGAGAUGAUGGAGAAGAUCUGGCCGGAUCAGAGAAUUGUGCGUGUGUGAGCAUGAAUGGCAUUGACGUGGUUUAUUCUCACUUUAUGUCUGCUGUCUGUAUGCGUCCCUGUUCAGGCCGCCAUCACUGUCGACCGCAAGAACCAGAAGCUCAUCGACCAGCUGGCCGCCAAGGUCAAGGGGGUGUACUUCGACAAAGCACACAACGCCUUGGAGGCGUACUGGAACGAGGGCGGCAAGACCUGCACCAAAGGCUUCGCCAUCAACAAACACGGCAUCAAGGGGGCCUACGACAAGGCCGUCGCGGUUCGCAAGGCAAAGGAGGCGAGCGGUGCGGCGAGCCUUAAGCAGCCAGCCGAGAGGCAGAGCGGCCACAGGGGUGUGAGAUGGGACAAGAGGCGGAAGAGAUGGGUGGCCUACUGGCCUAAUCCGUCUUGCAAGCAACAGACGCGCUGCUUCCCUCUGUCUGAGUAUGGGAGUGACAGUGCAGCCCUUGAUGCUGCGAUUCGCUGUCGGGAGAAGAUGGUGGAGCAGACCAAGAGAGAGAAGCAAGACAAGCUGAUGUCAUCAAGCAAGCGGCCCUCAGAUGCCAUAUACGGCAGCAGCGUGCGACGGAAGGUGAAAUAGCGAGGGAGUGUCUCCAUACCCUCUUACUCUGCAGUCAGGCUUUUUCUUACGCGCAUACGCGAGUGUUUCAAUGUGUUUUGUGUGGGUGCCCGAUGACACAAGAGAGAGCGGUUCUUUUGUUGUGCACACACGCCAUUGUUGUAAGUGUAGAGUGUCUGUGGCCUUGUUUGUGAGGACUUACUGACAGACAGAAGCCCACAACAAAGACCUUCCUUGAAUGCAAUCAUCCAUUUCAAUGACUGUACAAUGAG